UAAAAUAAAACUCAAAGGGGCACUGAAGCUCUAGACUUCUAGAACUCCAAGUCUUCUACUUCAGUUCAACCGAAUUAAAGCAGACAAGGGGUUUUCUCUGUCUUCAAGUACGAAGAAUUAAAGAGCUGCCUGCCCAAUAUUUAUUUUUAGUUCAAUGUUGCGUGGGUCUCGCUUGGUCAGGCCUUUUCAGUUCCAAGGGACAAGUUCAGAUUGGCUGCCAUCUUCUAUCACGAAGAGCCCUGCAAUCGCUGCUGCCACUAACACCAUCCUCUUCUUGGGUCUCUUCAUAAUUUCUGCUGCCAUUUUGUUUUCUUAUUGGAUCCAAAUUUCCAAUUUUCAGAUUGGUAAUUCUGCAAACGAAACCAUAUUAAUCUCCAACAAGUAUCAGGAACCCUUUAAGGUGAUUGAAUUCCCACUCAACUGCUCUAUUGGCAGCAAUAUUAACCAGACACAAACCUGCCCAACAAGCUACCCUACAACCUUUGGCAACCUUGAUGAUCUUGAGCCAUCAUCAAGCCCAAUAUGCCCGGAUUAUUUUCGGUUCAUCCACCAGGACCUAAUGCCAUGGAAAGCCACAGGGAUCACAAGGGACAUGGUGGAGAGAGCAAAGGAAACGGCACAUUUUAGGCUAGUGAUUGUGAAGGGCAAGGCCUAUGUUGAAAAGUACAAGAAGUCCAUACAGACAAGGGAUGUGUUUACUAUAUGGGGCAUUUUGCAGCUUCUUAGGAGGUACCCUGGGAGACUGCCUGACUUGGAGCUCAUGUUUGACUGUGAUGACAAGCCGGUCAUCCGAUCAAGAGACUUCCGGGGACCAAACUCGACUCAGGUGCCGCCACUGUUCCGGUAUUGUGGUGACAGAUGGACUAAGGACAUUGUGUUCCCUGAUUGGUCCUUUUGGGGUUGGGCUGAGAUUAACAUAAAACCAUGGGAAGGUUUGUUGAAAGAUCUCAAGAAAGGCAAUGACAGGAGAAAAUGGAUGGAAAGAGAACCUUAUGCAUACUGGAAAGGAAACCCUUUUGUUGCCGAAAGCAGGAAAGACCUCCUCAAAUGUAAUGUCUCAGACUCACAGGAUUGGAAUGCUCGCCUAUUCAUCCAGGAUUGGAUCCUUGAAUCUCAGCAAGGCUUCAAGCAAUCAGAUGUAGCCAGCCAAUGCACGCACAGGUACAAGAUCUAUAUUGAGGGAUAUGCAUGGUCUGUCAGUGAGAAAUACAUUCUAGCCUGUGAUUCAGUAACACUAAUUGUUAAACCACAAUACUAUGAUUUCUUCACAAGAAGUCUGCAACCAGUGCACCAUUAUUGGCCUAUAAGGCAUGACGACAAAUGUAAAUCCAUUAAGUUCGCUGUCGAUUGGGGCAACAACCACAAACAAAAGGCACAAGCAAUUGGAAAAGCAGCAAGCGACUUCAUUCAGCAAGAGCUAAAGAUGGACUUUGUGUAUGACUACAUGUUCCAUCUGUUAAACAAAUACGCAAAACUCUUAAGAUUUGAGCCAAAAAUACCCGAAGGCGCGACGCAUUUGUGCUCGGAGAGUAUGGCUUGCCCCGCAGCUGAGUCUGAGAAGAAGUUCAUGACAGAGUCCUUGGUUAAGAGUCCAUCAGUGACAAGCCCCUGCACCAUGCCUCCUGCCUAUAAACCCCAAGCACUUGGAAACUUGUAUAGGAGGAAUAUCAAUUUAAAUAAACAAGUGCAGAAGUGGGAAGAUAAGUACUGGGAAAAUCUCUCCAAGCAGGAUUAGCUGUACAUUUUCACAUGGGCUAGUUACAGAUUACUUUUAAGAUUUAAUGUAAAGUACAUAAAAUAAUCACAAUUUGUCACCUGUUUGAAAUAAUAAGAAGAAAACUCAAACUACCAUCACCA